CGUCAAACACCACCCCCAUUUGUACCACCAAAUUACAGAUACCACUACAAAGAGCUUUACAGACACCAAUGCGUUCCUUGGAAUUUCGCAUGUCCGCGACACGUCUGAGGACCUGAAAAUCUGCUUUCGACUUUGUCAAACCAUAAAGAAAUUGCGACCACCAUGGAUCAGCCUGCAAGAAAGAGAAGGAAGACAGCCUCGCCAGGGCAAUCGGAGCGCGAAUCGAGUCCACUGAAGAAACCUCCCCGCCGACCAUCUUUUGCGUCGCCUACGAAAGCGAGCAUUUCCCGCUUCAAUCCGAGCCUCCUCCCCGCGCGUGCCACAUCGCCUGGCAAAGCAGCAUCUAGACCAAGUAGUCGCGGCGAGAUCUUGAACAGAGGGAAAAGAGCGCGUGAUUUUAUCUUGGGAGGGAAUGAAUCUCAGGAGGAAUCUGCACAGGGUAUCAGACAAUCAAUUGCUGGCGCAAACGAACGCGCGAAUGCGCCGGGAGAUCUCACACCUCGCGCGCACCGAAUCACACGUACUGGAGAUACAACCAAGGGCCGCGACAGAGCUUUGAUAAAUGAGGAUGAGGACCUACCAUCUUCGCCUGCCCGGCAGGUGGAGAGUGAGGAUCGACCGCGUCGUGGCGUUCUCUUUUCAUCUCCAAGCAAACGACCGACGCGGAAACGGCAAUUUGGCAAGGCUGUGCCACAGGGCAUUGAUUCACAAGCAGCUACUCCAUUACCCAGGUCCUCCCCGGUUGUAGAGGGUUCCAAUGAUGCAUCUGUAGAGAUGGAGGAUACGAGGCAGGAUGAUACGGCUAAGGAGAGAACAACGCCAGAUCCUGAGGAAGAAAGCAGGAAGCAUGAAAGAGAAACAUUACUGCGCGAGUUGAAAGGCCUACAGGAUGACAUUGGCUGGUGUCGGAACAAGAUUGAGCGUUAUCAGGAGUCGAUCCCCGAAGUCAUGGAUCAAGCCGAGCGCGAUGCUUUGAUCUCCUUUAUCAACAAACUGGACGAAGCACGCGACGAAGACGAGACAUCGAAACCUCCCCUUGUCUCCGACCUUCUAUCAUCAUUCCUCCCUUUUACCGCACAACCUGUAUUGGCUCCGCCCCCUGACCCGGACUCAGAGCAACCAAUCCCUUCUCACCAACCGGUGGACCUCGACAACCCUUUGCCAUAUCUCCAAAUGUUCACGCCAAUGACCAUUACCCACCGGACGAAGCUUGCAGCUACAUAUAAGCCUGGCUCGGGGUCACAAACCGUAUAUCAAAAGCACGAAAUCAACCUCGUAGGACCUUUGAAGCUGCUCAAUGCGUCUAUCGAGGCGACUGUAGAUACUGCCACCCACACAGUCGCCAAGCUCCAGGUGACAGGCCUCUCACAAUGGGCAGACCACGAACUCGGAACGUUCAUACGCGAGAAGGCCCAAUCGAAGGACAUCAGCACGGCUUGCUGGGCGAUUGGAUCGUACUGGGAGAUUGCCAAAAAGCGAGCUGAAUACCGAUACAAAUGCGCGACCGCGUUCAAGCAUCUCACGCCGGGAAAUGCAGGCGAAGACACUGAAAACAUGAUAUUGUCGAGUGCGAAACCGACAUCGUCAAACAUGUCGCGGAGGGAUCUCAACAAGCACUUGGGUCGAGAUGUAGUUGUGCUCGAAGACCGGCAUAUACUGCUGAAGAUUACGUGGCGAAUUGUGUUCGACUGUACAGGAGAAGCGGAGUCGGAAAUCAACAUCGAACCUGCUUUUCCUCGAGUUUGGACAGAAACAGACGAAGGACAGAACUUGAAGAUGGUGCCGAAGACAUUCAAUGCUCUGGUGCAACGGAGCGGCGUCUUCGAAGCAACGAAGACCAUAGCGGCACUUCUCUUCUCCGAGUAGUCCUCGGAACUUGUUGAAUCGAAAGAACUUUUUGGCAACAUAUCUUCAACACACUGCGACCCAGGAUGGUUCAAGAGAUGCACAUUGUUACGAGAAUAGGGACUGGAACUGGAACUGGGACAUGGCGUUCAUUUGAUACCCCAAACACACGACGAUUUAUGACAUUAGCUUCCACAACCUCAAUUGAUUUUGUAUAACGAG